AUGGGACGACUUGAUAGAUACCAUAUUAUUGUUGUUACGACUUACUUCAACACUUUAGAAGACUUUGUUGAGAUCACUUUAGUGUGUAAAAAAUAUAAACAAAUAACAGAAGAGUUUCAUUUCAAUCCAUUUCCUCUUACUCGUAAAACAAUUUUUUAUUUUCCAAAUAUAGAGACAUUACAUCUUUGGAAGUUAAAUCAUGAACAUUUUGGUAAUGAUAUAACAAUCAAAAAAACUUCUAAAAAGAUAUGUAAAAUGGAUUCAAAGCGGAACAAAAUGUUUUUCAAAAUAAUUGUAUGGUACCCAGUGACUUUUAAAGUCUCAAAAACACUUGAAAACACAAACUUUGUGUUCAAAAAUGUUUUGUACACACUGAAAGACCGAAAAAGCAAUGGCUUUACAAUACCUAAUGAAGUCAAUUGUUUGUCUGACUAUUGUUUUUGUGGAUGCAACUUAUUGGCAAAUAUUAUUAUUCCACAAAAAGUUACUUCUUUGGGCAAUUCAUGUUUCCAUGAUUGUAGAUUACUCUCCAAAAUAAUAUUGCCUAUUAACAUCAAAUCACUUGGUCAAUACUGCUUUAGUCAUUGUUAUUCAUUGACAUCAAUUGAUAUACCAAAAGAUGUUACAUAUGUAGGACCACAUUGUUUUGAGUUUUGUGCCAAUUUGGAAAUGUGCAGAUUUCUUGGGACAGUGAGUGACAUUGGGGACAACUGUUUUGUGUUUUGUGAGAAACUUAGAGAAGUUGAAAUUUCAGUGGAAAUAAAAAAUGAUUUUUUUAAGAAUAAUUUUGGAAAACACACAACGUUUAAAGUCAGAAUACACACAACGCCAAGAGAUGGAGUUGAAAUUGAAAAAUUUGAAAUUGAAAACAAAAAAGAAGUUAUUGAAAAAUUCAAAGAAAAAAUAAAAAAUAAAAUGAUGGUAAAUUGUAAAAUCGUUUAUAUUUGA